CACUCAGCAGCCAAAGAAACAAAGGCAAUCAGUUGAGUGGCUGGUAAAAGCUGAACGUUGCUGGCCAUUUGGCUAGACCCUGCCCAUAAAUGUGAACAGACACCAGUAAUGUUCAAGAAUUUAUUCUGCAUCUUCCAUUAAAAAGCUGCUGCAGCCAGACAGAUUUGACAACUGCCAUUUAGAAGAAGAGUCUAAGAGAAAAAUGUUGCUUUUCAUGUAUAUUAUAUUCCAAAAAGUGGAAUGUUUCUUUUUUCUCUAAUUUUAAAUGGUAAAGAGAUAAAUUUACAUGCAAACUACAAAUGAAAACAUCAGGAUUUCCCCCUCAAUCUUCACCAUGGUCCUCUGGAAUACCUUUGUCAACAGUCGUUAUUCCAGAGAACUCUUAAAGGCAGAAAAAAAUGAGGGAGGAGACCAUCUCUCAAUCCUCGGCUUUGAGGAUCUGGGAUUUUGGAUUAAUAUUGUAGCUCCAGAGUUUAAUCCAGUUACAUGCAGAGACAGUGACGGGGAAAAAUGGGGAUGGGACAAAUGUGAAAGCAUGGGUUAAGGGGCGGGGGAGAUGACAGAGAGAAUGAGAGUAACAGAGGGAUUAGGGUCAGCCAUGUUGAGCAUCUGGCUAAGGGAUGUCCUAUGCUCUGCAACUGUACUGCAACGCCUGGACAUAGGGAUUACACAGCAUACAUAUGAAGUUGUGUUGUCUUGCACUGUAGGAGCCAACAUGACAGAGAACAUAACAAACCCAACAGCACAUGAAUGACUGCACUGACUACCCUGAUGUUUUGACAGCUGACAUGAGGUCAGGCAGUGUUGGGGUCCGAGCCCGGAGGGCUGCGGAGUCGUCAGAACCAGAGCCAGAGGAAGCAACAGAACCAGUUCAUCAUGAGCACUCCCAUACAGAACACCACGAGCACUCGCAUUCAGAACAUCACCCGGGCCACGACUACAACCACAUGAAGGAGAAGUUCAUGAAUGAACUCGGUCAUCUGCCAAUUCCCAUGUGGGCAGUGGGAGCCAUUGUUGUGGUGGUCCUGGCUUUGGUGGCAUGCUGCAUCUUCUGCAUUUUCAAAAAAUGUUUUGGGAAAAAGAAAAAGCCAAAGAAAGUGCGGGAGAGAAAGACAGGCCGUCGCAGAAGGGAAAAGGAAGGUGAAGGAGAGGCUGGAGAUAAGGAGGGUGAGGUGAAGAAGGAAGGGGAGGAAGAGGAGAAAGAACAAGAGAAACUGGGUAAGCUGGAGUUCUCGUUGGACUACAACUUCACGGAUGCCCAGCUUAUAGUCGGUAUCCUUCAAGCUCAGGACCUUGCUGCAAUGGACAUGGGGGGAACCUCUGACCCUUACGUCAAAGUGUUUUUGCUGCCAGACAAAAAGAAGAAGUACGAGACCAAAGUUCAGCGCAAGAAUUUAUGCCCUGUCUUCAAUGAGACUUUCAUCUUCAAGAUCCCAUAUGCAGAGUUGGGCGGAAAGACUUUGGUGCUGCAAGUUUUCGACUUUGAUCGUUUCUCCAAACAUGAUAUGAUCGGUGAGAUAAAGAUUCCCAUGAACAGUGUUGAUUUGGGCCAGCCAAUGCAACAGUGGAGAGACUUGGAGAGUGGUGAGAAGGAGGAGCAAGAAAAACUGGGCGAUAUUUGUAUUUCUUUACGGUAUGUACCCACUGCUGGAAAACUGACAGUGAACAUCAUGGAGGCAAAGAACCUCAAGAAAAUGGAUGUUGGUGGUUUAUCAGAUCCAUAUGUGAAGAUUGUUUUGCAGCAAAAUGGGAAACGGAUAAAGAAGAAAAAGACAACGGUCAAGAAAAACACUCUCAACCCUUACUUUAAUGAGAGUUUCAGCUUUGAAGUUCCCUUUGAGCAGAUACAGAAAGUGCAGGUCGUCAUCACAGUGUUUGACUACGAUAAACUUGGGAGCAAUGACCCCAUUGGAAAGACCUUCAUGGGUUAUGGAGCUACGGGAGUUGGCCUACGACACUGGUCAGAUAUGCUUGCCAAUCCCAGGCGUCCAGUAGCCCAGUGGCACACUCUGCUGCCAGAAGAAGAAGUCGAUGCGGCACUCAAAGCGAAACCUCGUUAGACUUUCAUCUUGUCCAAUUGUGAAAUACUGCUGAUAUGUUGCUUAAUGUUAAUCCUGAUGUUUUGCAUGUUCUGUAAUCCAAACGUUUUAAAAUGGGCCUAUUUAAAUGUGCGUAUGUAUGUACGUGUGUGUGUGUGUGUGUGUGUGUGUGUGUGUGUGUGUGUGUAUGCAUGUAUGUGUACAUACUAUUUUUGAAUACAUUAAAACCUCAGCCUCCCCUUUUUACCUUAAAUGUAAACCAAUAUGACUCUGUACUUGUAUUCUUGGACACCAUUUGCAUCUUUCACAUUUGCUCAUGCAUGGGCCUAGUAAAAUUUGGGUGCAUAAAGAAAGAACUGCACAAUUAUUCUGUCUUCUGAAAUGUUAGUUGAAUACAUGGUAGAGCUUCUACAUGUCAUGGUAUGUACACUAGGCUUUUUUUGUGGUAAUUUUGUAGUGCUGUAGUGCAACACAGUCCUUAAAAUGCCUGGUGUAAUGCUCUGGAUAUUUUCAAAUAAAACCACGUUGAACAGUU